AUGGAAACACAUGAUAGCAGUAGCCGAAAGAAUAGCCAUGAUCAUGAUCAAGGGAUGAGUGUGUCCGGCCUCGCUAUUUCCGCCACACCCUCCUCUUCGGCUCGCCUCCACCAGUCUCCUUCGCCACAGCGAACACCUUCGGCGACCAGCAUCAAUAAAAUGGCCCAUCGACAAAGUUUUGCCGAGAACCUGCGCAAUGUCCCCCCGUCCCCCCGCCAUCGGCAUUCCUCCUUCACCCAGUCUGCAGUCCAGGAACUACUAAACCACCCUUCCCCCAGUAUUAAGCAUACUGACCCUAGAUUUGUUGGUCGAGAAUGGCGUGAUAUUACCGUUGGAGAAUUAGUCUCCCCCGAAGACGUCAAGUGGAUCGAAAUGAACAGCAGCGUCGAGGAAGCCACAAUGAUGCUGCUUAAGAGCAACACGAGCGUUGUCCUUAUCCGGGAAGCUUCCACUGCCAACACAGCCAUAUCUACAUUUGACUACAGUGAUUUGAUCGCGUACCUUCUUCUCGUUGUUGGCAUAUCUCGACCCGGGCUUGACCAAGUCGACAUGUUCAAUGACAUCAUGGCCAAGGUCCAACAUGGAAAGCAUAUAACACUCAAGGAGAUACAACCCAUCUGCAGACAAGAGCCGCUCGUCGAUGUAGCGUCAACAAACAAUCUGGUGCAUGCCAUCGAGAUUCUAGGCAGCGGCAUACAUCGAAUCAUGGUCACAGGUCCCGCAGGAGAAGUGAUUGGCAUCUUAAGUCAGUUGCGGAUGGUUGAUUUUUUCUGGAAUGAAGGUGUCAACUUUCCAACUAUUGAUCACCUCUACCCAACCUUGUUGCGUGAUCUCGGUAUUGGAACGCAACAGAUAUUCUCCGUCAACUCCGAUGCGCCCGUUUCAGAUGCCUUGGCGCUCAUGAAUGAUGAGGGCCUCACAAGCAUCGCCGUCGUCGAUAAUGGCCAAAAUGUGGUCGGCAACAUCUCUUCUAAGGAUGCACGACAUCUCACAACCACAUCGAGCGCUCCCUUGCUCACAGGUACCUGCAUGCACUUCAUCUCCGUCAUUUUGAACGAGAAAGGUGUGGAAAGAGGGCGGGAUACAUUCCCCGUUUUCUACGUCAACCCAUACUCGACCCUCGCACAUACUGUUGGAAAGCUAGUUGCAACCAGGUCUCACCGCAUGUGGGUUGUGGAAUCGGUUUCCCCGUCAUCAUCCGCUCCAGCGACACCUCUGCUAGGCCCACAAAGCCAUGUCAGCAGCGUUGCGGGUGCGAACCUGCCAUCACAACCACCAAUGCCAGCUGCAUCGGUCCCUGCCUCCGCAAUGGCGGGAGCGCGCAUCUCCGGCAAGCUGAGCGGCGUGGUUACGGAUUACGGAGUACAGGGCCGCUCGCUCCUUGGAGACGCUCAUUUCGCACCAUAUCUGGACAGGCGGACGGAAGCCGGUCCUGUAGGCGCUCCCCUUUCAAUUCUUGCGGCAUUGCCAACGGUCCCCCCUGUCGAAGAUUUUCAACUCGUACAUGCACAUAUGGAACUCGACGCGUUUCAAGCCCGGCUGGGUGAAAUUCUUCAGCAAACAUGGAUCAAUUUCCAAAAGGUCCCUGGGUCGGCUGUGCUCGUGCGAUACAUCCAGUCCAGUUACCAGAAUGAUCCUGUCCGGUCGGCAAUUGAACUCGUUCUUGUCCUCUUCUUCAUCCGCUACCUUCUCUCGCCCUCUUACUCAACUCAUAAGCAGAACUUCGUAUCGUUGAGGGAAGACGAGAUUGAUGAGUUGAUUGACGACUGGGUUCCUGAACCACUUGUUGCGGAACAGACCGCCCUCGAGGAAGCAGAAGCCGAAAGGCUUCCUAUCAUUUCUGGUCCGACGGGACCGAAAGUAAAACUCUCCAACGGCCGUACCGUCACGAACCUCGCGUCAUACAACUUCUACAAUUUCAACUCCAACGAACAGAUUAGGGAAAAGGCUAUACAAACCCUGCGCACCUACGGUGUUGGUCCCUGUGGUCCGCCGCAGUUCUAUGGUACGCAGGAUGUGCACGUCAAGGCCGAGGCAGACAUUGCCAGCUAUCUGGGCACGGAGGGCUGUAUCAUCUACGCCCAGUCGUUCUCAACCGUUUCCAGCGUGAUCCCCGCCUUUUGCAAACGUGGCGAUGUCAUCAUUGCGGACAAGGCUGUCAAUUAUUCGAUCCGGAAAGGGCUGCAGGCUUCGAGAAGUAAUAUCAAGUGGUACGAUCACGGCAGUAUGGCCGAUUUGGAGAGGGUUAUGCAGUCGGUUGUUAAGGAGCAAGCCAAGGCUGGAAGACUGACCCGAAGGUUCAUCGUCACCGAAGGCUUGUUUGAGACGUCGGGCGACUCGACUCAUCUUCCCACGCUCGUUGAGCUGAAGGAGCGGUACAAGUUUCGCAUCAUCCUCGACGAGACGUCGUCGUUUGGCGUUCUCGGCCGGACAGGCCGCGGUCUUACCGAAGCGCAGAACGUGGACCCUCAGCAGGUUGACAUGAUCGUUGGUUCCUUGGCCGGCCCAUUAUGCGCUGGCGGUGGCUUCUGUGCCGGCAACAAGGAUGUAGUUGAGCACCAGCGCAUCACCUCAUCAGCUUACACCUACUCAGCUGCUCUUCCAGCAAUGCUGGCCAUGACGGCGAGCGAAACCGUUCAUUUACUGCAGUCGAACCCGGACAUCUUGACUCAGUGCCGAGACAACAUCAAGGCGAUGAAGGCUCAGCUAGAUCCCCGAAGCGACUGGGUCAUGUGCACCAGUGAUUCUGAGAAUCCCGUGAUGCUGCUGGUCCUGAAACCAGACGUUAUCAAAUCGAGGAUGCUGAGUGUGGACGACCAGGAACGUUUGCUCAUGGAGUGUGUCGACGAGUCUCUGGCAAAUGGAGUCAUGAUCACCCGACUCAAGACCAGGCCAUAUGCCCACGCCAUCGCAGCCAAGGAUGGUGGCUGGCACGCACAGCCAGCCCUCAAGGUCUGUAUCGCGUCGGCCCUUUCUAGGAAGGAUAUCGAAAAGGCGGGGGUGUCGAUUCGCCACGCCAUCACGAAGGUCAUGACCCGCAAGGCUAGCAUCAAGCCUGCGUGA